AUGGCGGGCUCCAUGGUGGACCGCGCCACCAGCGACCAUCUCAUCGGCCCGGACUGGGCUAAGAACAUGGAGAUCUGCGACAUCUGCAACCGCGACCCCGGGCAAUCGAAAGAUGUUAUCAAGGCACUGAAGAAACGGAUUGGCCACAAGAAUCCAAAAGUUCAACUUCUUGCACUAACUCUGUUGGAAACUGCUAUAAAAAACUGUGGGGAUAUACUUCACAUGCAUGUCGCAGAGAGAGAUAUAUUGCAUGAGAUGGUGAAGAUAGUGAAGAAAAAGUCUGAUCCUCGUGUUAAAGAGAAGGUAUUGGUGCUGAUAGAUACAUGGCAAGAAGCAUUUGGGGGACCACGUGCAAGAUAUCCACAAUACUAUGCAGCAUACCAUGAGUUGGUGCGUGCUGGAGCUGAAUUCCCCAAGAGACUCGAGAAACCUGCACCUUUGUUUAAUGGUCAGUCUCAAGCAGCAAGGAAUAUGCGUAGUCCUGACCAACAGGAUGAAGCAGAAUCUUCUGCUGCCAAUGAUUUUCCUGCUUUGAGCAUGUCGGAGAUUCAGAAUGCUCGUGGUAUUAUGGAUGUACUUGCUGAGAUGCUGAAUGCUUUAGACCCUGGAAACAGAGAGGGACUAAGGCAGGAGGUAAUUGUUGAACUCGUGGAUCAAUGCCGCACUUACAAGCAGAGAGUUGUGCAGCUAGUUAAUUCUACCACUACAAGUGACCAAUCUCCUUUUGAGCAAUUAGCUCUUCCAGCACCACCAGUGUCAAAUGGCGCAGCAACCUCAGCACCAAAAUCUGAUCUUGGCAUUGAUCUUCUGAGCUGGGAUGAUACCCCUGCCCCUGCUACAGCACAAAAUUCACUUGCUCUUGUUCCUGUCACAGAUCCUCUUGCUGACUCUACUUCAUCAAAUCAAAAUGUGUUAGCAAUUGUCGACACAUUUUCACAAAACAGCACCGCCAACAGCAAUGCUCAACCAGCUGACCCCUUUGGUCUCAGUCCAAGUUCUGUUAUUCCAGGAUCGCAGCCUUACAACACUCCAACUCAGCAGCCUUUCCAGUCGCAACAGCCUCCGCAGCAGGCGGCCCUCUAUCCAAAUGGGGGUGCUGUGAACCCUGGAACGUCUUACGAUCAGGCAUCCCAGUUUAACAACGUUAGUUCUGGGUGGAAUGGUCAAGCUGCCAGCCCGGCGACGCCCCCACCAGAGCAAACACUGAAUUACGAUGAUCAAAGUGGAAACCUUCCGCCACCUCCUUGGGUGGCUCAGCCAGCGGCGAGCAAUGAAGUGCCAAAUGGCCAUUUGGGAGGCAUGCAACCUCUCCCAGGGCCAGGCCAGAUCGGCGGCAUGCAGCAGCCACUGCAACCACAAGUUAACCACAUGGGAGUUCCACAAAGCCAGCCAAUGUACAGUAACCAACCAGGAGUCGGGCUGCCUCAACAAGGGAUGCAACCCAGUCAAGUUGCCGCAACACAGAUGCAGCCAGGCUUCGGAAACCAGCAGUUCGGUUCGCUACCACCGACAUUCAUGAUGGGCAUGCAGUUCGGUGGCAUGCAGCCUCCACAAAUGUAUGGCGGAUCGCAGCCAGUCAUGAUGUACCCGCAACAAAUGCCAGUGGUGCAGUACGGAGCAAUGCCGCAGCAGCAGCCGAUGUAUGGUGGUCGGUUGGCAGGGUACAUGCAGCAUCCUGCUGUGGCUGCUGCACACUACUAUAACAACCAGGGGACGGCAGGAAUGUAUGGGUACCCUGGCACGAAUGGACUGUCUCAGAGCAUGUAUGGACUCUCGGUGCAGGACAACUCGUCCAUGGGGAUGAGCUCGUCGUACCAGACUACGACGGCGCCAACCUCCACGGGGGAACCAAUGAAGCCAACGAAGCCCGGAGACAAGCUUUUCGGUGACCUCCUGAGCAUUGCCAAGACGAAGAAAGCAUCAUGA